AUGGCCGCCACUCCACGCACCAGGCCCGAGAUCCGUCUCGAGCCCAUGACCGCGGCCGACCUCCCCGAGCUGGCUGCCGGCAACCUCGAGGCGUUCCCCACCUUCUACGCGCCCCUCGAGCCCGAGUCGCGCCGCCCGCCUCACGACGUCCGCGUGCGCCGCUUCGCGCACCGCCUCUCCUCCGUCCUUUCCUCGCCGCACGUCUUUGCGACCAAAGCCGUCCUCGCGUCGUCCGGCGCACUCGUCGCCAUCGCGCUGUGGCACCGCCCGGGCGCGCCCGUGCGCAACACGAAGCGGCGGGGCCUACUCGGUGGUGCGCCCGAGGGCGAGAGCGCGGCGGACCGCGAGGCGUGGGAGCACGUCGACCUCGAGGCGCACGAGCGCGUGUGGCGCGAGUGGGACGAGACGCGCGAGAGGAUCAUGGGCGACGUGCCGCAUUGGUACCUCGUCCCGAUCUGGGUCAAGCCGGCGUACCAAGGCCUCGGCAUCGGCAAGGCGCUGAUGCAGCAAGUCAUCGACCUGUGCGACGCCCAGAGCCCGCCGACGCCCAUCUUCCUCGAGGCCGACAAGCGCGGCAUGGACAUGUACCGCAAGCUCGGGUUCGUCGAGGUCGGCUCGAGCGAGUACGUCGAGAUGGUCCGGUACAACAAGGAGGGGACGAGGCCGGUCCAGCACUGA